AUGGAGCUCAGCGGGGCCUCUUGGCUUCCUCGGAUGGAGGGAGACUUCGGCUUUCUCCGGUCUGCGGGAAAGACCUCCGCAGUGUCCUUUGAGGAGGUCGCCGUGUUCUUCACGGAGGAGGAGUGGGCUCUGCUCAGUCCAGGCCAAAGACAACUCUACUGGGAAGUGAUGCGGGACAAUUACGAGACGGUGGCCUCUCUGGAUGUGAGUGAGAUUGCGAUUGAGAAAGAACCAGAAAGGGUGAUUGUGGAAAGAGAUGAAGAUCUGCAGACCGAAGUGAAAUCUGGUGUUCAAGUGAUACCCAACAGGGAGUGGAGAAGCAAAAGAAAAGCGAAACAGAGGAAGGAAUUUGUUGCCCAUCAGAGCAGGAAGAUGCUUGAUGUCAAAGCCCAAGAUGAAAUACAGAAGAAAAAGAGAAGGCUUAAGGGCCCAGUACUUGUGAAAAAGUUGAUAUGUAAACUGAGAGUUAAAAACUAUGAGAAAUUUACAACAUGCUGGAAAACAUAUAAAUGCUUGGAGUGUGGAAAGACCUUUCAGAAUAGCAAGCUAGCUAAACACCAGAGGAUGCACAGAGGGGAGAAGUCAUAUAAAUGUUUGGAUGACCUAAAUAGCCAUCAAAAAGUUCACACCGGGGAGAGGUCAUAUGAAUGCUUUGAGUUUUGGAACAGUUUCUUUCAGAACAAGAACCUAACAAGCUAUCAAAAGGUUGACACAGGGGAGAUGCGAUAUAAAUGCUUGGAGUGUGAGAAGAGCUUCUUUGACUAUAAUAGCUUAUCUAGCCAUCAAAAGUUUCACACAGGGGAGUGGCCAUAUAAUUGCUUAGAAUGUGGGAAGAGCUUCUCUAACAAUAGUAGCCUAACUAUCCAUCAGAGGGCCUGA